AUGAAACAGUCUAAAAGUAAUCAUCAUCUACGACAACAACAACAACACCACAACAACCACAACAAUAAUAGCAAUCCAAACUUGGAUAAGAAAAAUAGGCCGACAACAGGUCGUAUGAGUAACAAUCAAUCAGGAUCCUCUCCAAAGAACCAAAGAAACAACAAACCAACAACCUUUUCAAAAACAACAACCUGUCGAGAUGGUCCCAUCACGAACAACACUUGUCUCGAAGGUCAACCUGAAAAAAAUGAUCCAAUUCUUCUUCCUGCAGUGAUCACAACGACAACUUCUACAACUACUACAAUUACUACGGUGGAUGAACAUUCAUCGAGUGUUCCUUUAUCAUUGUCGGAAUGGAUGGACACCUCAAUUACACCUCAAACAUCUUCUUACAAGAAUGAAGAGAAUUCUAUAAACAUCAAUGAAGUAAUAAUGAAUGAUGGUGAUCAAGUUGAGAAAGGCUUCUUGGAACAAGAAUCUGCCACUACUACCUCUGAAGCCAUGGCUAUUACCAACUCACCAUUCAUGAAUAAUGCAUCUUCAUCUCUGGAUUCCAAUCAUGAUGAUAACAAUAAUGAGAAACGAAUCUCGGAGGUAAGCUCUUCCACCACCGAUUCAAGAAAAAGUCGAGCUUCAUCAUGUAUGAAGAAUCAUUCACGAUCCAUUUAUGAAAUGUUUGUGAAUGGAGAACUUGGAGAUGAUUUACAAGAUGAUGGAGAUGAUCGUUUUAAAGCCAAUUCAAAUCGAAGAAAACAACUAGCAACAAGUUGGCAAACUUUGACACAACCAACUUCAAAUGUGACCAUUCGUUUAGAUCCAAAAUUAAUUGAGCAACAAAUUGAAAGGAAACAACAAGCAUUGGAACAAGUUGAUCUUACGAAAAUGUCUCUCUCAGAGAAUGGACAUGAAUACAAAUUUCCAAAUACUUCAAAUAAGAAGAAUACUCUGACACCUUCUAUCACAACAACAACGACCUCAUCAGGAGCAACCACAACAACAACAUUGACUCGAAAAAGAAGUACUACGGAUCCUGUUCAUCUUCUAACUACAGCAAUGCCACUUAGAAGUAAUAGCAAUAGUUGUAAUAGUAGUAUUAGCAAUACUAGUCAUGGACAAAGUGCUAUUACUGUUGAGACAUCAUCUUCACCUGAAGUCAUCAUUCAUCCCAUGGUCUCCAUGUCACCAUUGAAUUCUCCAACCGAUGAAGAAGGAACCAAACCUCUAUGCUUGAGUAGUAAUAACAGUGAAAUCAUUCAUUCACCACCACCACCAUCAACACCACCAACCAUUUCACCCUCAUCAUCGAGUGAUACAAACACCAUCAACACCAUCAACACCGCCACCGCUGCUGCUGAGACGUGUAAGACUCUACAAGAAAGAAUUCACUCUGAACAACAAACUAGUUGCAAUGAUCAAAAAAACAGAACAUUGAAAGAUGAUCUUGUCCUUGAUGGUCUUCCUUCUGCUUAUAAUAUUGUCACAAAAAAACCUCGAAGAAUACCAUCCACCAGUUCAAAGAGAAAACUAGGUUACACCACCACCACCACCACCACCAAUCGACCCAAUUCUCUCUCUCUCACAUUCAACACAGUUUCGAACCUCAAUGCAAGUAUCAACAAUUAUACCACUACCAAGAAUACCAGAAUGAACAACACCCAUUCAACCAUCAACAACACCAACAACAACACGAAGGAACCAACAGUAAGAAUGAGAUCCAUUCAUCGGAAUAGUGUCGUAUCCAACAAAUCAGUCACCACAGAACCCUAUUCUGAAUUUGAGAAUUUUCUUACUCCUCAAAGUGGUGAAUUUCACAACAAGUGUUUCAUGUUUGAUUUGUUCUGUAGUGUCAAGGUGGUACUUUGUAUUUUGUUUAUUGCAACCAUAGCGAUGAGUGGACUCAUUAUUUGGUUAUCAAGUUAUCUCAUGUUAGAAUUUCAAGUCAUUCCAGUCAUGGCCACAAGUUCCAAUGAAGACAUUACCUCCCUUUUGAAAUAUAGUUGGACUUCACUGAUUCAUUUUGCUCCCUAUAUUUUAACGAAUACACGAUCGGUCAUGACUGGAUUGCAUGGAAAUUUGACCAUAAAAGAGGUCAUUUCUAAUUCCAAUAAUAAUCAUUUAAACAUUCAGAGAAAAUUAUUUGCUCAAAUGCUAUCACGAUCCAUGAUGUUUAAUCAAAUCUUUGCUGUCGAUUUAUCUGGAAGUUAUGUGGGAGUAGUGAUGGACUUGUCAAGUGGAAUGCAAAGUUUCAUCAUGUUCAAUAAUACCAACAAUCGAUCCAUUUAUUUCUCUCGCAUGCAAGAUGGGAACUUGAUACCAGGUACAGAAAUGGAAAUUACCAAUUUUGAAGAUCCAACGUCCAAUUCGACUUUUUUAAUGAUGAAUCAUUCCCUUCAAAAACUCGUAGAAUUAGAUCUACAACGACUUGAGAAUGGAUUGGCACCUUUAGAAACCUCAGUAUGGAGUUCCAUCUAUUAUAUCAAGAGUUCUGGUGAAUACUCCAUCUCUUGUAUCAUUCCUUAUUAUUCUGGAAAGGUCUAUUCUGGAUUUAUUUCACUUUCAUUUUCUAUUCGAACUCUCUCUGAUCAACUCAAAACUCAAACACAACUUGAUAAGGGUCAUCGAGCAUUUAUCAUUCGAAAAGAUGGUGUCGUGUUGGGAAGUAGUCAUGGUCUUUCUACAAGUACUGCUGAUACUGGAUCCUUACAUGAUGAGGAUGAUCAUCAUGUUCAAGAUAGUGUCGUUUCCUCCAUCACACAACAAUUAUUCAAAUUGUAUGGCACCUAUGAUCCCAUGUAUCAAUCAAAGGUUCUCAAUGUGAGCCAUCUACCUCGAUCCAUGUUUCUAAGAGAUUUAACAACAGGAUCAGGACAUUAUGUCACUGUUGAAUCCCUUUCAGAUGAUGACGGUGGUAGUGGUGAUCCUCAUUCGAUAUCCACAUCUCACUACUCUUCUCUGGAUUGGAUCAUUAUUCAUUCGACACCCAAAGAUAUUGUUUCUACCUAUCUUGGAUUAUCCAAUGUGAUUAUAUUAAUUGUUACUUUGGUGUUAAUUGUAAUAUCUUCAGGUGUCUCACUCUUGGUGAGUGCUCUCAUUUCAAGACCAUUAGGAUCACUCAAGAGAAGAGUCGAUCGAAUGGCACAAUUGAAUUUUAAAACAAAGGAUGAAAGUGUACCUGUGAUGACAUUUUCAGAAGUUCGUUCCAUUAUUACUUCUGUGAACAAUAUGGGAAAAGGACUUCGAAGUUUUUCAAAAUAUGUUCCAUCGGAAAUUGUUGCAUCCAUCGUUCAGUCCAAUCAACCAGCAGCACUUGGAGUACAAUGGAAAGUGAUUACAUUGUAUUUUUCUGAUAUUGCUAGUUUUACGAAUAUGACUGAAAAGAUGUCACCUGAUCUGUUGGUUGAGCUCAUGUGUGAUUUUUUCACUCAUCAGACUGAUAUUAUUAUGAGUACUAAAGGAACGAUUGACAAGUUUAUUGGAGACUCAAUUAUGGCCUUCUGGAAUGAUCCCAUUCCUAUUCGUGACCAUGAAUUAGCUGCUGUCGAAAGUGCUUAUCUCUGUCAACAAGCCCUAGUGCCAUUUAAUAACAGAUGGAGAGAAAAGUUGUGUAGUCAGAAGAAUCGUUACAAUGUGGAUUAUAGUAACUUUACUUUGAAAGUGAGAAUUGGAUUGCACACUGGAGAGUGCUUUAUUGGAAAUAUUGGAAGUGUGGAUCGAAUGAAUUACACUUGCAUUGGUGACGCAGUGAACACCAGUUCAAGGUUAGAAUCACUCAAUUCCAUGUAUGGAACUUCAAUAAUGAUUAGUGAAAAUGUCUAUGCUAAAGUACACAGAAAAUUCUUGUGUAAAUGGGUCGAUGUGGUUUGUGUGAAAGGCAAAGCAAUUCCCAUCAAUAUCUACAGUGUGAUUGAAAAGAAGGAACAUGCAUCAUCGGAAGCCAUCAAAAUGUGUGCUGCCUAUCAAGCCCUUCGUGAAAUGUUUUUAAAUUUGCGUUUUGAAGAGGCCAUUGAAUUCAUUGAGACCAAUGAAGAUAUAUUGAGCUACAUGUCAGAAUCAAAAGAAAAAGCUUCCUAUCAACUUAUUAAGAAGAAAUGUAUGGAACGGAUGGACUUGGAUCUUCCAGAGAGUGAGGAAGACUUGUUUUGGAUUGCAACUAAAUUAAAUGAAAAGUAA